AUACAGAAUAGCAUCGUAAAGCAGCUGACUGUGGCGCUGUCUGUAGGUUUCUGUGGCUUCUUGGUGCAUAGUCUGUGGUACAGGCCGUACGGUACUUGGCGCAUUUGCAUCGUGCUGUCUGCUUUUGUGCGAUGUUGACGAUGUGGUUGUCCAAUUAGAGAUUGACAGACACAGUGCCUGCGUUUACUUUUUAGUGCUAAAAUAAGGUACAUGCUAAUUUGAGACUUCUUGUCGACAUGUCAGCAUCACAAGUAGUGCCCGAAUACGAUGUCAAAUUCAUUACGACGAACUCGUUGGAGACACCGGGAGAAGGAAACGUGCAAGACGACAGUUCUACUUCGGCCACAUCCAAUGGCGCCAAAGGUUCUUCCUGGGUCUCUGCUGUUUUUCUCAUCAUUAAUGCUGCUCUUGGGGCUGGCUUACUGAAUUUCCCACAUGCCUUUGACCAAGCUGGUGGCAUAGCGGUGGCUCUUUCUGUGCAGGCAGUGCUGCUUCUGUUUGUGGUAGGAGCCCUGCUUGUGCUGGCUUACUGCGCCAGGCGGCAGGAGUGUGCCACUUACCAAGAAGUGGUGCUGCGUGUGUGUGGGCCACGUUUCUGGAGCUGCUGCUCACUGGCAGUGACACUCUACUGCUACGGGACCUGCAUCACCUUUCUAGUCAUCAUAGGGGACUUCUCAGAUCGCAUUUUUGCAUCUCUGUACGGGCCAAGCUACUGCAUCCACUGGUUUAUGCACAGAGACUUUGUUAUUGUCACCACAUCUGUUGUUCUCAUCCUCCCAAUGUGCUUUUCACAGAAGAUUGAUUUUCUCAAAUACCCCAGUAUGUUUGGUGUGCUUGCUGCCCUUUAUUUGGUUCUGCUCAUCGUGGUGCAGUACUUUGUUGGGGACUCGAAGUCAUCUGGCACCAGAUCCUCUCCCAGCUCUCUGGAGGAUGUUUUGACUGCUGUUCCAGUAGUAUGCUUUGGCUAUCAGUGCCAUGUGAGUUCGGUCCCUAUCUACUCGUGCCUUGAGGACCGGCGGCUGUCUACAUUUGCCAAGGCAGUGCUGAGUGCCACUCUUUUGACAGCCUUACUGUACACGGUGGCAGGGGUGUUCGGCUACCUCACAUUUGGCCAGGGGGUUGCUAGUGAUAUACUGGAGCUCUAUGAUGCCCGUCGGCCGUUAGUAUUAGUGGGAAUCCUGGCCAUGGCACUCAAGAUCAUCACUACAUACCCCAUCCUUAUCUUCUGUGGCAGGACAGCAGUAGAUGAUCUCUACGGCCAGUUGCGGAGCCUUGAUGAGGAUGGUAAACGCAGUAGUGAGCUGCUUCGACGGAUAUCAAUUGUGUCAAUCUGGUUUUGCACCACGGUUGUCCUGGCCUGCCUUGUACCAAACAUCAGCAUUGUCAUCCGUAUCAUCGGCUCCCUUGCUGCUACCUUCAUUUUUGUCUUUCCUGGUUUGUGCCUGUUGUUUGUCUCCAUCAAACUGGACAGGUCGUACUAUUUUGCCAAGACGAAGUGGAAGCUGGCAACAGCAGUGCUGUGCGUGGCACUGGGCAUGUUUGUGUUUGGCCAAGUACUCACCAUGUCUAUAAUGGACACUACUUCAGGUCGUGGGCGGGCUGCGGAUGUUCAGCUCUGCACAGUGCCAAAGAUGGUUCGCCUGUAUUCUUAUUUCUAGUAGAAAGUCCAGUUUGAGUGACUGGGAACUUAACCACAGGUCUUGCAACUCAUGCUGUGGGUACUUAAAAAGUGCAACAGAAAGUCAUGCAUGAAGAAUUCAUGCUGCUCCUUCAUUGUAUAGCUUUGUGUUGUGCUUCUUGUAUAAUGUAGCCACUUGGGCUGAUGUCAGGCCUUAGGUAAUGCUCUGAAGUAAGAGAAGCACAAUAAGAUUCCGUUGUAUACAUAUACUCUGUUGGGGUCAUCAUAAAUGUGUAACCUAGUCUGUGUAUAUUCAUUUCUUUCUAAGCAUAUGGCUACUUUGACUGUGUGAUAGUCUCCUUGAUAUUGUUUAAACAGUGAUGCCUACUUACUCAUGUUACAUGAUAUACUGUAUCUAGUGUUGUAUUAUGGAUUUGCUUAUUUGUCACUGGCAGACUUUAGGUAGAUAUUUUAUUUUUUAUAUUUUACUAAAUGACAGUCUUGAGUGACGUUGAUAUUUAGCAUGUGCUAAAAAAAUUUUUAUAUCCAGAGUGUGGUUGCAUUAAGGAAAGCAAUGUGUGGUGCUGGUAUCAGUGGUAUCAGAUGACUGGAAUACUACUAGUGCACACCUGUGCACAAGGAUGCACAUCAGUAGAUGCCAGGCCUCUUCACAGUGCCCAUACCCUCCCAAAUUCCCAUCAGUACCUUCGCAGCAGCCUCAUGUUUGCUUCAUAUGCAUGAAGCAUAAAUGAAGUGGCAAAGCCUCGAAACGUCCUAGACAGCCACUGAACUUGUUCAAGCAUGAAGGAAAGCAAAGCAUGUGUAACUAUUUGGCACUCUCGAAAUUUGCCAAUGCGUGUGGUACCGUUCUAAAGUACUUGUCUUUCACGGUCAUUUUUGUGCUCUGUGGGACACCGAACACUUAUAAAUUGAUAGGGUUUAUUAAUGUCCCAAAGGGCAACACUGGGUCUAUAAAGGGCACUCUAGGGUGCGAGGCAUUGGACUAAGUUUUCCACCUGUUCUUAAUAUGCACCCAGAGCUCAGUACACAAGUGUUUUUGCAUUAUGCCCCAUAAAAUGCUGGUAGCCUGGCUGGGAGAGAUCAGAUGUUAUAAGGAAACCUGGCAACUCUCAUUUGGCGAGCCUUAGGUUGGGGUUGCAUGCCUAUGACUGCUACUAGGUAGUACUGCAUUGCAACCUAGGUGAUGGUCAAUUUGUCAUACAUGUUCAUCUUCCACAUGAGUUGUUCGUAAAAACGCAAUUGUGUUGCAGGUUUCAGCAAGCUGGCAUUUCAUGUCCUGAUAACACUUGCUGGGUGAGGGUGCAUAUAUACUGUCUUGUAUUUAGCAGGCAACACUGUUCACACUUGCAGGUCAUGUAGUCAUAUGAACAUCACUCUGCAUGACUCAUGGUAAAGUGUUUUAGGUCUGCAAUGCUUCAAUGGCAGUGACUUCACAUGUUAAGAUUGACAUAUGGUGUUGCUGUCACAAAAGGCGCACAGCUUUUUAAAAUUAUUAUUAUGCAGCUUGUGAUAUUUAACACAGUGGUUUGGUCACAGAUGCAACCAAUGUGCUGUGGAAGGUGUGCAAGUAUGUAGUUCAGCAAAAAAAAAAGGGAAGAAAUUGUACCACUCUGGUGAAUUUUGUUAUAAGGGUGGUUAAAUGUGUGAUGCACUCUAUCCUAAUAACUUCUUCGUAUACAUAUUAUGAGUAUAAUGUGCGGAGUUAAUAGUGUUUUGUCAGAAAAUGUGAUUGGCUUUCAUAUCUUUUGCAUCCUAUAUGUCACAAACAAUUUUUGGUUGGAAAUAGAGGCAGUGCAGACGUUCCUCUAGCUUUCACAUUUUUAUCUACAAAGUAUGAAACAGAGUGCUAUCGACAAUUGGGAAUGGUAAGGGGAAGGCAUCCCAUCAUUUUUUUAAAGUUAAUGGGAACGUGCUAUUCUGCUUAUGGCAUAUCAUUUUAUUGUGCUUUUGGCAGACAUGCGUACACAUAAAGCAAUACAUGUAGCUUUCUUUAGGUUUAUUAUUGCUAUGUUUGACAUCAGAGCAGCACAGAACUGUUGUACUUCUUUUUGAUCGUUGUCAAAUAUGCCUGCCAUGUGGCUCGGUUGAUAUUGCCUUCCGCUGCUGAAAAGUGGUCAUGGGUUAAACUUUUGUUGGUAUGGAAUGCGAAAACGGCUGUGUACAAUGCUCUAGCUGCACAUUAAAGGAGCGCCGAUGCAAAAUAACUACUUUUUCUUGAACAUGUAGCUGUCGUCCCAGUAAUUGCAUCAUGAAGCCAUGAAGCCUGAAUUCUUCAAGGCUGCAACAAGCAUAGUGGAAAAUCAUUAUAGUGAACCCACAUAUAAUGAACUAACUGCAUGUGAAAAGAAACGCCAGUCCUGAUUACACUCCUAUAGGCGUCCAUGUAUGUUUGUUCACUGCUAUAGUGAAAACAGCUGUUAUAAGGAAACAGAUAUAUAAAAGAAAAAAAUACAGGUCUGCACUAUAUCUGGAAUGACAUGAAUAGUUUUGCGAUAGAAAAUAAAAAUGGAAGAACAAAACAAACAAAAAAUUAUGCCUUCCCUGCAAUGACGGAGUAAACAGUGAUCAGAGUCACCAUGGUUUUGUUUGGCACAAUGUUUCAGUCACUAUGACAAUUUGUGCGUGCACUAGCUGUUCUAAGUCCUUAUCAGGGCUUUCUUAUUGGAGAAAUGGUGGCAACGCCCACAUGUAUGAUGAUAGCAGCCUGUGAAUCUGAGUGUCAAUAAAGAGCAAAUUUGUGCUCUUUUAACCGAGAAUCAACCAACUGUGCCAAGAAAAAUUUAUCAUAGUUACAGAAAAGCAAAAUGGUGAACCGCAGCUAUAGCGAAAAUUAUUCCCGGCCACGACGACUUCACUGUAAUCAGGUUCUACUGUAUUUACACCACCAUUUAAGUCUGGAAUUUUAAAAUGUGCAUCAAGCGCACCAUGGCUUAAACUAUGUGGCAGGAUGUGUAGUCAAAACUGGAAGGUGGUGGUUGUCACGGGGUAAAACACACCCCUGACAUGUACGCCUACACCAUGACUGUGGCUCUGAAAGCAGAGUUCAUUGAGUACUCCACAGGAUAAGAGGGGAGUGUGAGAGCAACUCCCUGCAUUCCCAAGGAAGCAACAGCUGAGGACCAGGCUUGACCCAUGUUGAAUGCAGAGAAGCGCAAAAUGAAGGAAAGGGCCAAUUUAGUGGCUCCCAGCAAUCUUUCGACGACAUGGUCAUUGUGUGGCUUUCAACCACUGCACCAGACUGACUAACAUACGGCGUAUUGUCUCCUGCAACUUCCUUUUAAGAGACAUCGUGUCCUGUUGAGUGCUCACUGCUUUUUUGUUUUAAAUGUAAGUUGACUUGAUUUUAAGGUAGAGUCACAAAAUGCUUAGCAUUUAUGGCAAUAUUCUUAUUUCGUUGGUGCUUUUGAAUACUUAUUUUUACUUUGGGUUCUGGCCGUGUGCUUAAUGCACGAUAGCUUAUGAGGAUUAUGUAGAAAAAGUAAGGUGCUCUAAAUAGUGCUUCAUAAGGUUGGAUAAUGUUAGUAUAAAUUUUAACUCUAGGAGCAAGAGCUGAACUAAACUUGCUUAGUGGCUAUGGAGUUGGGCUACGCUGAGCAUGAGGUCGUGGGAUCGAAUCCCGGCCAUGGCGGCCGCAUUUCGGUGGGGGCGAAAUGUGAAAACACCCGUGUACUUAGAUUUAGGUACACGUUAAAGAACCCCAGGUGGUCGAAAUUUUCCGGAGUCCUCCCCCACUACGGCGUGCCUCGUAAUCAGAUCGUGGUUUUGGCACGUUUCUUUGGCAUUUCAAGAAAAAAUAGGAGGCAUUCAUGUUUUGGAUUUCAUUGAGAGAAUCCAUUCUUGCAUUGGACAGUCCUAUUAAAAAGUCACCUGAUGCUAUUUUAGCAUAGUCAGAGUUAUGUGUGAAAAAUUGGCAUUGAUGAGAAGCAUAUAUGGUGGUGCACUGAAGUUUCGUGUUUAAAUCUCUGAUGCAGUGGGAUAAGGCAUUUGAAUAUUAAUUUUACAAUGAGUACUUCAUAUGAUGUACACUUUUAUAAAUACUGCUUUUACUAUUUCUUGCCAUCUUUAGAUUUCUCAGCAUUUUUUAAUGCAAACUAUCAAAAAGAUUGAUAUUGUUCAUAAAUUUUAUGACUGUAGGAAUGUAUACAGUGUGCCAGAGAUAUCAGUACUUAACCCUUUGAAGGUCGAAUUAUUUUGAAAAAAACUUUCCCAGAUGGUCAAAUUACUUUAUUGCGGAUAUUGAAUGUAGAAAAUGUAUAAAGUCGGGAAUAAAUAGUGAAAAGAAAUUAGAAACAGUAUUUUGAUGUCGGCAUUACUCAGAACCCCAAAUGUUCAAUAAUAUUUCAGUGUGUGGUAUUCCUUGAAACACGGUUCUACGCAAAGCGCCUUAUCGCGCCAAUCAAAGAGCAGCGCCAAUCAAGAUAGAAAUUAACUUCCGCCGCCCCUGCAAGGAAGUGCCGACAAAGAGAAAAAUCACGUUUCGUGCGCCUCCGUUGCGAUCACGCGACGAAACCGAAACCGCGAAAGGGGUGUUGCCGCAGUCUGCGCGACGCACGUGCUGAAACUAGAAAUCAGUUCUGUUUGUGUCCGCAAGAAGGUAGCACAAAUGUCAAACGCUUCUUGCAAGUCCUAAAAGGUGGCAGCACCUCCCAGUGAGCAUGCAUCGUCAUUAUGGCGCGAAAUUUCAAACGGAGGAUCGAAACCGUACCCAUACGGCAAAGACCCUGCGGGACAGAAAACCGCCGCCAUACAGAUACGGCAAAAACCUUCAAAGGGUUAAUGAAAGAUCUUAAGCAUGUAUAAUAUGGAGUGGAAACAAGCAUUCUGACAUCGCCCCCUUCUCUCUCUCUCUUAUUCUUUUGUGCAUAUGGGCCGAGUUAAUGCUCUGUAAUGAAUUGAUACCAUGACUGUUGUAGGCACCACAACGUGCUUGCCUAUUUUUUUGGUGUCUGUGAUGCUCGCCUGGGAAAUAUAUGCUCAGUUGUUGGUUUGUUGAAUAUUCCACAUUUCAUGUCUUAGUGACUGCAGAAUGUAAGAUGUUGUGUUUGUGUUGAAAUCAUAUUUGCACAAUACUUAUUUUAGGAGUUUUUAUUGAGAAAAUAGAGCACUCGUAAUGUUGUUUUUAUGCCUAGCAUGCAGUUAGAGAUUCCAUCUGUGGGUUUAUUAGCACUUGCUUCAAAACACUAGCUUUGUUUACAGUAAAGCACACUGAGUGGGUUAGGAAAGCUUUCCGUUUGCAGACAUUCCUGAUAACAGCUAUGGAGUUCUUUAUAAAAAUGUGAUGUACAGUGCAUGGUAUUAUGUGCCUGGUGUUGGUGUGAAAUCAGUGUCCUUAGCUCUCUUUUUUUUUUUUUUUUCCUGGUGAAGAGAUUGUAAAUUUUGGCAAAUUCAUAGGCUUCCACCUUGUAACCACAGUUGGUUGGUAACAACUUUAUUGUUGUAACCACAGUGUAACGUAAAUUUAAGGGUGACAAAGGAAUACAAGACUAUGGCUGUAAAGAUUGUUCCAGGUUCUUACUGGGACUUUCAAGGUAAAACUUAGUUCAUGCUUCUGGAGAAGUCUCAAUACAUCAACCACAUUCUGUUCACUGCCACAAGAAUCAACACGUACAAGGUACUUGUCAACAUUCCUUGAUGCAUGUCUAGCAAUGCCAUUCAAAUUCCGCUUAAUUUCUGUCUCCCCUGGGUAGAAAAAUAUAUUAACAGGGGCAGGCACAACUUUGAAAACAAAAGUAUGGCAUAUGCCUUAGUGCCACUGUUCUUUGUGUGUUCAUUUUGUGUCACACUAUGGUUCCAGGAUGUUGAUACAGUUGAACCUGCGUAUAACGAACCUCGAUAUGACGAAUUCCUGGAUAUAACGAAGUUUUUCUAUUCCUCGCCAUUACUUCAUAGAAGCACAUGUAUUUGAGACCUCUACGUAACGAAGUAGCAGUGGGAGACCCCCUCGAAAUAAAAAAUUUUCCCCGCCGACAAUCCAGAUAUUUCGCCCCAAAUUUUGCCGUUUUUGUGCGAACAGCAACCAGAAGCACCUUCUCCGCCGCGACUGAAUGCGAAGCGGUGGCGGCGCGCUUGGCGCACUCGAAUUCACGACGACUGCGAGGCGAGAGCGAGCGCACAUGUGCGUGCGUGUGAGCGUGCGCGAGGCGGGCCUACAUCCCUCAACCCGAUGAUCUUGCCGCCACGGGCGUGACCUUCCCCCUUCCCUUCAUUCAAACCUGAUCUUCUACUUGCUGCAGCUGGCCUAGCCCGCCAAGCCGGCACUCUCCUUUUUCCAGUUGAUGUUGCCGAAGGAAAAAUGAAAGUUUUUUUUUUUUUUUUCAACGCGCUGGCAGCGCCACUCUUUGGUUACUGCGCAAGUCUCUGCGCCUCAUUUCAUUAACGUGACACUAGGUGACACUAUACGAUGCUACGACGCCAUCGCGUCGCUCGUUCUUCGUUUCCGACGCCUCGCGCUUGUGCGAAACGACACGCGUCCACACAUCCAGUACCUGGUGUGACAUUCCAAGGAUGAGUGCUUCGAUGAAAACAGAAAACGGGUGCGCGUUACAAUCGAGUAAAUACGAUAAGUUUUUUUUUUUUUUUUUUUUUUAGAAUUUUCAUGCCGAACCUGCAUAUAACAAAAUCCUCUUUAUAACAAAGUUUUUCGGGAAUUUGUCAAUUUCAUUAUAUCCAGGUUUAACUGUAUGUUCUCUGGGGAACACAGUAUGGUCAAUUGCCUAACGUGGAAGUAGAUGACUGUUGAAAAGUGGGUUGUUUCCUAGGAGCAUUGGUUGUUCUUGUGGCCAAAGGCAUACAAAAGGCCUGCUGGCCCUGCUUGCAUGAUUCACUAAGUUUACAACCACACAGGCUUGGUCAAAGUGAAGAGAGAAAUGUGUUUUAAUCUUCUGUUGCUAGUUCUGUAUUUUGAUUGAGGCUGCACAUUCAAGGUUUAUAUAUUUUGUUAGGGAAAUUUGGUGAAAUUUAAUUUCAAAUGCAAUUAAUUUGUGGGCACCGUGAGCACAAAAUGAGCUCAUGGAAAGUGCUCCAAGCUCUGUGUUAGCUUGUAGGCUAAUGAUCUGUGUGAGAUAACGUAAGACAUUUAUAUUUUGCAAUAUUAUCAGCACUACAUUGUAGAAGCCACAUUCUACAGUUGGCCAGAAAUGCACCUCUUUAUUAAAGACCCAUGCAGUGACUCACAUUCUCUUCAAUUUCUAUAGUGUGACUGCGGGAGUUCAGACUGUGUUAUGAUCUGCCAUGGCCACUGCAUUUGGCCUAACCUGUAGCAUAGCAGCACCGUGAUGCCCAUUCUGUGAUAUAGUGCAUGCCGUAGUUUAUUUUGGCCAGCUGUGCUAUGUUUAGCAUUGCUGGCAAGAACACAGGUGGGCAUGGCUUUGCAUGCUAUUAGCAUUGCCUAAUGACUUGCAGUGUACAAGUGCAGUGCAAGCAUAAUUGGUGUCAGUUCAUUCCUAUUAUGUGCAUUACAUCACCCAAGCCAUAAGCACCAUCUCCUUUGCUCAUCUGCCACAUGCUGUAUGUAAUGUGGAAGCUGUGUUAGGCAGCUUUGUGCAGGUGGAAAUUCUUUUGACCCAAAAUCAACUGAACAUUAAUCAUAAUGCAUGAUUUCGUUGCCUAUACACCUGCAUUUACCUGCAGUAAAUCGUUUUUUAAAAAAAGGGGGGCAAGGUGAAAUAGUGUAAUGGAGUGGUAACUUUCAUUUUCCUGUUUGUUGAUAUUGAAAUUUGUGACAUGUACUUAUUGGCUACACUUACAUGUUUUUUUGUGUGUGUCCACCAGCGUUUAGUGUUGAGGCAGCGAUUCCAUGGGAUAAAAUGCAUGGAACCGCCAACAUGCAAGUGCUGUGGUGAUGUGAUGCUUGUAAGAAGUAUGUAUAUUCUUGGCUAUAUGUGCACUGCUCAACUGUUAGGCUGUGCUGAUAGUAUGCAAAGUGCUUUCGUGUUCCCAUUAGCACGACCAGCAUGUUUGUCCCGUCAUGUUUGCAUGCCAUGUACAAGUGACUCCACUCUCGCAACUCUCGUUAUUGACAACAUUGUGUCACCCUGGCUGCAGCAAUGACCCGCCAUAGUUGCUUAGUGGUGGUUGCCUAUGGUAUUGGGCUGCUAAGUGCAAGGUCGUGGGAUCGAAUCCCAGCCACGGCGGCCACAUUUCAAUGGGGGCGAAAACACCCAUGUACUUAGAUUUAGGUGCAUGUUAAAAAAACCCCAGGUGGUCCAAAUCCUUCCGGAGUCUCCCACUACGGCAUGCCUCAUAAUCAGAUCGUGGUUUUGGCAUGUAAAACCCCAUAAUUCAAUUCAUUUGGCUGCAGCAAUGACCAAGUUUCAGAUCUGUUUUAUUUCGUUGUGCUUUGUGAAGGGCAUUGUAAAAGAACGUUUUCAUUUACUCAUGAACUGGUUACACUUACUGUUCACAACAAAUGAUUGUAAUUGCAGCUGUGCAGCAGUCACUCUGCCACCAUUGUGGAAAUGUGCAAUAGUAAAUACAGUGUUUGCAUUCUUUAUUUUUUGGGAGGAGUGAUUUCUGGUAAUAAUGCAAAAUAUGUAACCGUAUUGAUAACUCAUAAUUGAAUAAA